UUGCCACUAUUUGUGAUCGCUUUGAUUGGAGAGACUCUUGAAACAUUCGACAGCUCCUCUUCUACACCCAUUCUGAACGUUGAAGCACAAGUUGAAAAAUGGAACAGAAAUCGGGAGGUACGUUCCUGCAGGCAGAAAACAGAGAAGGAAGGUGAAUCCUCAACGCGGAAACAAACUUCUCUUUCCCUCCAACAGGAGAUGGUUCCGUGCUUCGCAACCUCGGAACCUCCAAACUACGGAAACCCACAUUCCAAUAUGGAAUCAGUUGAAAUCCAUGUCAUUAGCUAUCUUUCAGCUAUUUUGAAGUGCUUCUGA